AUGUGUUUGGGUCGCUACUUGAGAGAACUUGAGAAAACUGGGCGUCGUCCGUACGCCGUGCACCGUACAUUGCCUGAUGUGGCAGCGCUGGUGCUGGCGCCACAGCUGGACACGUUCGCCAUUCACGCCAGCGACAGGCUGUGGGGCGUGGUGGGAGAUCAGGAGGCGGUGGACCUGGCGACGGUGGUGAUUGACAAGUACGCAGCUAAGCUCCGCGAAGCCAAGCGCAGCAUCAAAGCCGCAGCGUACUGGUCCAUCUUCGACGUGUUGCUCGUAAACGGCAUUGUGAACCUCGUCUGCACCGUUUGCAACAAGUCCUACAGCGCGAAGAACCCGUCAGCUGUCUGCCCGGAUCACUAUGCGAAGCACCAGAAGGACGUCGCCAGCACGGUCGGAAGCGAGCAGUCCGGGGCGCCCACAACCAACAGCACGAAGCGCUCGCGCGCGGAGGAGGGGCCAGUUCGGACCUUCUUCCUCGCUGCAGUGCAAAUCGCCACCUUCCUGAAGCACCUGGCUCUUUUCUUCUUCAAGUGCAACAUCGCCCUCCACCUGAUCGAGCACCCCGACCUAAUUACGCGGGGUGCCUAA